GGAGUCCAUGAUGGCGUGUUGCCUGAGCGAUGAGGUGAAGGAAUCCAAGCGGAUCAACGCCGAGAUCGAGAAGCAGCUGCGGCGGGACAAGCGCGACGCCCGGCGCGAGCUUAAGCUGCUGCUGCUCGGCACAGGUGAGAGCGGCAAGAGCACCUUCAUCAAACAGAUGCGGAUCAUCCAUGGCUCGGGCUACUCGGAAGAGGACAAGCGAGGCUUCACCAAGCUGGUCUACCAGAACAUCUUCACUGCCAUGCAGGCCAUGAUACGUGCCAUGGAAACACUCAAGAUCUUGUACAAGUAUGAACAGAACAAGGCCAAUGCACUCCUGAUCCGGGAGGUGGAUGUGGAAAAGGUGACAACAUUUGAGCAUCAGUAUGUCAAUGCCAUCAAGACUCUGUGGAAUGACCCCGGCAUCCAGGAGUGCUAUGAUCGGAGGCGGGAAUACCAGCUCUCGGACUCUGCCAAGUACUACCUAACUGAUGUGGACCGCAUUGCCACCUCGGGCUACUUGCCCACCCAGCAGGACGUGCUGCGGGUGCGCGUGCCCACCACGGGCAUCAUCGAGUACCCUUUCGAUCUGGAGAACAUCAUCUUCAGAAUGGUAGAUGUUGGAGGACAGAGGUCGGAGCGGAGGAAGUGGAUCCACUGCUUUGAGAAUGUGACGUCCAUCAUGUUUCUUGUGGCCCUCAGUGAAUACGACCAAGUCCUAGUGGAGUCAGACAAUGAGAACCGCAUGGAGGAAAGCAAAGCCCUCUUCCGGACCAUCAUCACGUACCCUUGGUUCCAGAAUUCCUCCGUCAUCCUCUUCCUCAACAAGAAGGACCUGUUGGAGGACAAGAUCCUACACUCCCACCUGGUGGACUACUUCCCCGAGUUCGAUGGGCCACAACGGGAUGCACAGGCUGCUCGGGAGUUCAUCCUGAAGAUGUUUGUGGACCUGAACCCUGACAGUGACAAGAUCAUCUACUCGCACUUUACCUGCGCCACCGACACGGAGAACAUCCGCUUUGUCUUCGCAGCUGUGAAGGACACCAUCCUGCAGCUCAAUCUGAAGGAGUACAACCUGGUGUGACCCAGAGGUGGGGGCGUGAGCAGGGAUGGACCUUGGCAUGCCGCGGGCAGCUGCACCUCCUGGGCGGCCCUGUUUCGGAUUCCGGGGCUCUGCCCACAGGAGGAGGUUUUUUUUGUUUUUUGUUUUUUUUUUGUUCAUAUUUUUAACAAAUGGUUUUUAUUUCACAGUAUCAGGGGAUAUACAUCUUUCUCUCUAUACACUUCGUGCACCUUCUCACCUUUUGUCAGCGGCAAAGGCAGCCUUUUUCUGGCCUUGACUUGUGGCUCGCUUUUUUCUAAAAAAAAAAAAAAAAGAAAAGAAAAAAAAAACUGAAACAGAUGAAACAUGUGUGCCCCAUGUUCCCAGCCACUCCAGACCUCAUCUGGCCCCCACCAGCCGUAACCGGCCCACCACCCCAAGACCCCUGGUGGCGCCAGGCACCCCCAGGGCUGUGCUCGGACUCUGGGGUGCCUUUUCUCUUUCCCCUCUUUUUUUCUUCCUAAUCAUGAAAGACGUGGAGACUGACUUCCUUUUCCUUUUUUUAAGUUAUUGACGUCCUGUGCAUCCUGCAUCCUCACAACUUAUGCCAUGUUGUUGCUCACUGGACUCCAAGAAGAGGGGGUGGGUGGCUACUGGUUGCCCACCCUGGGAAGUGCCUAAUCAUUUUUUUUUUUCUUGUGGAAAAAAAUAAUAUGCCAGGCUCCACAGUUGGAGUCUGUUGUGGGCCAGGGAGGGUCCCCUGUGCUAGGGCUAUGGGACUUUGGGGUCUGCCCGGUUGCCUUUUCCAGGGCCAAAGUCUAGCCAGCUUGGGGCUCUCUUGGGAGCUCCUAGGGGCUGUAUAGCCACCACCUCGCUGGAGUUUUCCACAGGAGCCUGAGCUUUUCGGGCUGCAAAGGGAGGGCAGCUGGAGGGAUGGGUCCUAUGUGGUUCUGAGAGAAAGGCUAUUGGGUGGGGGACAUUGGUGUUUGUUUUGUUAUGUUUUGUGUUGUUGGAAAACAAUUUGGAAACAGUGAGGAUGAGGUGGGGACUUUUACAGAAUAUUCUCAGGUCUGUCCCCGAGAAUCAGAGAAAGGAGGGGACGCUGCCAGCAGUUCUGUGUGUGGCCUUGUCCCGAGCACUUGUUCCCGCUCUGGAGCCACCGUCCCCAGUAUGCGGGAUGCCAGCACUUGCACUUUGGUCAGCAGCAUGUGGAAGGUGAUGGCUGACACCUGGGUCCUGGGCAGCUCCAGGCCUGAUUGGCCAUGGCCACGCACUGAGCCAUACUCCCCUGGACUCCUCUGAGCAUCAAGAUGGAUUCUCCCUGAGUGACUGAAGGCAGGGGAUGAGGGGGGGCAGUUUGGACGUGGGAGAGGUGGCUUCUCAUCUGUUGUAGACUGAACACUACACUGUUUUUGUUUUGUUGGUUUGGGGUUUUUUGCACAGUUGUACCGGGAAUGGAUCGCAAGUGAUGCCUUUGCCCCAACCGCUAUGACAUUGGGACCCUGUGUGGCUGCUGUUUCUUUGGGCCUCUGAUGAGCUACAGAAGCGACACAUAAAUCAAACCAAGCCCAAUAAGCAGUUCUGGGCCCCCUGUGCUCUCAGGGCUCCCUCCCUGCAGGGUGUCUGCUGGUGUCACUAGAAAAGAGGGAGCCUGGUAGGGUGGGGCAGCGGCAUUCCUGGUGUGGGCUCUGCUAGAGGCAGAGGGGGCUGUGGGGACUCUAGCUUCACUAGCUUUCCUCCUGUCCCUCCCAGAGGCAACCUUUUUGUGCCACAUGUCUACCUGAGAACAGUGUUUGUGGUGUAAACCCCCUACGGUGAGGGUGGGGCAGGCAGGUGGCACCUGGGGGGAGCAGAUGGGGCUUCCCCUAUGGUGGCCACUGUGUCCAUUGCUGGCAGUGGACCUGCCCUUGGGGCCUUGAGGUCCUCACAUAGUAGGUGUCUCAGCAUCUCUAAAGGGGUCCAGAUCACAAAAAGGGAACUGGACUUGGCCAGAGGGAAGAGUUGCUCAGCAUGCAGGCAUGGGGCAGCCUGAGCUGGUCAAAGUAUUAGCUCUCCUGGAGGGGGAUGGUGUGCCAAGUAUUCCAGAGCCCAGAGUGCCUGAUCCCCCAGAGCAGAGGGCAGUGCCAUGGCCUUGGGAUGGGGCUGUUGCCCCAGGAGAGUCCCAGACAGUAGUUCUUGUGCCAGUGCCACCCUUACCCACAUUCCACUGGCCUUGGGCCAUGGGCAGCUGCCCGUGUGGGUGUCUAUUCCUUGGUGAAUCUCUCCUCCAUAAACGCUUUCUCAGAGUGCCGACCUCCUCCUUGACUGUCACAUCCAGGUGGCAGCAGACCCCAGCCAGAGUAAGGCCCAUACCCUGGGCGCCCAGGCUCCCCCAGAGAGGCCUCCUAGUGCCAGUGUCCCCGGAGGUGGCCACAGCCCGUAGGGCCAGCCCGGUGGAUAUGAUCCAGUGAUACUUGUAUAUUACACACAGUCCUGAUUUCAGACAAUUAAACCUUAACCUAUUUAAAAGAGAAUAUUCUAUAAAAAGCUGUUUUUAGACCUUUGUCAUUUGAAAUGCAUGCAUGUUGUACUGGGGAGGGAGGGAGGACUGGGCGUGCAGAUCAGCGUGAUGCCAGCGUCCUGGGGCCUGUAGGCCCUGACCCUUAAUCCAGAGAUGCCUGAUGGAAAUCAAUUUUUCAUAUCUUUCUCCUGAAAUGAAUUCUGUUUUAAAUUGGAAUAAAUUUUGUUCCUAAA